AUGGCCAACUAUAGUUUUCUUCUUUUCUUAUAUGCCUAUUUCAUCGUGAAAUCCUUAGUAACUAUUGCUAAUGAUGCUAAUAGAAAUCUUCACAUUGUAUACAUGGGAUCACUCCCAAAGUAUAAUUAUUCUCCAACAUCCCACCAUCUUAGUAUGCUGCAACAAACUACUAAUCAUAAUGAUGCAACAAUUCAUAUGGUUAGAAGUUAUCAUAAGAGUUUUAAUGGUUUUGCUGCAAUGAUCACCAACCAAGAAAGAGAAAAGCUAAAAAAAAUGGAAGGAGUGGUUUCUGUUUUCCCAAGCAAAUCACUCAAACUUCACACUACAAGGUCUUGGGACUUCAUGGGAUUCAAAGAAUCGAUACAUAGAAACAAAACUGGUGAGAGUGAUGUUAUAAUCGGAGUUAUAGACACCGGAAUCUGGCCGGAGUCAGAGAGCUUCAACGAUCAUGGUUUCGGUCCAAUUCCCAAAAAAUGGAAAGGUGCAUGCAAAGGUGGUAAAAACUUCAGAUGCAACAAAAAAAUAAUCGGUGCAAGAUACUAUCUAAAAGAUCAACCUUCAACAAGAGACAUUGUUGGGCAUGGAAGCCACACAGCAUCAAUUGCAGCAGGGAAUAAAGUUGUGGGAGCAAGCUUUUAUGGAAUCGCCGAAGGAGCUGCAAGAGGAGGUGUCCCAUCGGCAAGAAUUGCUGCUUAUAGUGUGUGUAGUGAACAAGGAUGCACAGAUGAUGCCAUAUUGGCUGCUUUUGAUGAUGCCAUUGCCGAUGGUGUGGAUCUUAUCACAAUUUCAAUUGGGGCAGAUGAGCAAAUGUCCUUUGAUAAAGACAUCAUAGCAAUUGGAUCUUUUCAUGCAAUGGAAAAAGGGAUCCUCACUAUACACUCUGCAGGUAACAAUGGCCCUAACAUUGUAACAUUUAGUGUAUCACCUUGGUUAUUCACUGUUGCAGCUACUACUAUGGAUCGUAGACUAAUUGAUAACGUUUUGCUUGGCAAUGGAUUAAUGAUUUCGGGGAAGUCAAUAAAUGGGUUUGCAUCAAAUGGGACAAAGAUUCCAUUGAUCCAUGGAAAGUUUGCUUCAAGUCCAACAUGUCCAUCAGAGAAAGAUGCCGAAUUUUGUUUUUGUUUGGACCCCAAACGCAUAAAGGGAAAAAUUGUCUUGUGUAGAACUUCAUUUGGUUAUUCAGCGGGUCUUGAAUUGGGUGCAUUUGGCUCAAUUGCAAUCUCUUACGAAUAUGAAGCUCAAGUAGUUUCUUAUCCUGCAGUAGGCAUAGAUCCAGAGGUUUAUGAUGUUGUUUUGUCUUACGCAAAUUCCACUACCACCCCUAGUGCUGAAAUACUGAGUAGUGCAGGCUUUAUAAACAAUAGUGCUCCAAUUGUUGCUGAAUUCUCUUCUGUAGGACCCAAUAUGCAAAUCAAAGAAAUUAUGAAGCCAGACAUAAGUGCUCCGGGUAUAGAAAUUUUGGCUGCUUACUCACCUCUUGCACCACCUUCUCCUGAUAAAAGAGAUAAAAGAUCUGUGAAAUACAACAUACUCUCUGGAACCUCAAUGUCAUGCCCCCAUGUUGCUGGUGCAGCUGCAUAUGUUAAGACUUUUCAUCCUGAUUGGUCUCCGGCAGCUAUAAAGUCUUCUCUUAUGACCACUGCAAAACCAAUGAAUGGAAGUGAACUCGCAGAAUUCUCCUAUGGAUCAGGGUUUUUGGACCCAGUUAGAGCCAUAAAUCCUGGUCUAGUUUUUGAUGCUUCCAAAGAUGACUAUGUGAAUUUGCUUUGCAGAAUUGGGUAUGAUACAAUGGAAGUUCGAAAAAUCUCAGGAGACAAAAGUGUUUGCUCUUCAUCAUCUCUGCCAAUGGCAAAAGAUUUUAAUUAUCCUGCAAUUGUGGCUGAGAUUGAACCAAUGAAACCAUUCAUGAUUAAUUUCACAAGAACAGUUACAAAUGUUGGAUUUGCUAACUCUACCUAUAAGGCUUACAUCCAACAACAUUCUGGCAUCAACAUCACUGUUGUGCCUAACAUACUUAAGUUUAAAUGUCUCAAGGAGAAACAAUCUUUUGUUGUUCAUGUUGUUGGAGAAAAAUUUAGUGACUUUAGUUUAGUUUCAUCGUCACUGUCAUGGACCGAUGGAACACAUAGUGUAAGGUGUCCACUUAUUUUACGUGUUAUAAAAGUAGGAGCAUGA